AUGGCGUCUGGUCGGAGAUUGGUGCCGCUGCCCCUGGUAACGGUGGGCUUCUGGCUGCUCCUCCUGUCGUGUGUUCAGUUCGGAGGCGGACAGAAGAAGAAAGAGAACCUUCUGGCAGAAAAGGUGGAGCAACUAAUGGAAUGGAGCUCCAGACGUUCAGUCAUUCGAAUGAAUGGUGACAAAUUCCGAAGGUUUGUGAAGGCCCCUCCUCGAAAUUACUCUGUAAUUGUGAUGUUCACUGCUCUUCAGCCCCAGAGACAAUGUUCUGUCUGCAGACAGGCGAAUGAGGAGUACCAGGUGCUGGCAAACUCGUGGCGGUAUUCAUCUGCCUUUUCUAAUAAGUUGUUCUUUACUGUGGUGGACUAUGAUGAGGGAGCAGAUGUAUUUCAGCAGCUAAACAUGAACUCCGCCCCUACAUUCAUGCAUUUUCCACCAAAAGGCAAGCCUAAGAGAGCUGACACCUUUGAUCUACAGCGAAUUGGAUUUGCAGCUGAGCAGCUUGCAAAGUGGAUUGCUGACAGAACUGAUGUGCAUAUUCGUGUAUUCAGGCCUCCUAACUACUCAGGAACCAUUGCCUUGGCUCUUCUUGUUUCACUUGUAGGCGGAUUAUUGUAUUUAAGGAGAAAUAACCUGGAAUUCAUCUAUAACAAGACAGGAUGGGCCAUGGCUGCCCUGUGUGUGGUAUUUGCCAUGACAUCUGGACAAAUGUGGAAUCACAUUCGAGGCCCUCCAUAUGCCCAUAAGAACCCACAAAAUGGUCAAGUGAGUUACAUCCAUGGGAGCAGCCAAGCUCAAUUUGUUGCAGAGUCGCACAUCAUACUUCUGCUAAAUGCUGCCAUCACCAUGGGAAUGGUUCUUUUAAAUGAAGCUGCAACAUCCAAAGGCGAUGUAGGCAAAAGAAGAAUAAUCUGCCUGGUGGGAUUAGGUUUGGUGGUAUUUUUCUUCAGUUUGCUGCUGUCAAUAUUCCGCUCCAAGUAUCAUGGGUAUCCCUACAGCUUUUUAAUAAAGUAACAAAUGGAAUCACACAGAAAGACCCAAGGAUGUCCUUGAAUACAUCUGCCAUCUGAGGAGAAAGUACUUUAUGGGUUUCCUAGCCAAUGUUAAAAAGUGUUAACUAUUGAUUGCUGCACUUGUUCUUGUGGAAUUGUAAAAGUGCCAUUUAGAUGUGAGUCUGUGCUUUUGCUUUCACUUUGUCUUUCUUAUAUAUAGAUUGAUUUAUUAGUUUGAAUUGCUGUAGAAGUUGGUGUACAAAUGAU